ACGAGCGAGAUGGCCUUCGCGUUAGAAACAGUAUUGCUGGCCGCGCUGUGUAUGGCGCACGGGUGGGACAUGCAGGAUACGGAAAUCGUUCUGUUACCGUUAUGGAACACGGAAGACCGUACGGAGGUACCGCUAAGCUUUAAGGCCUUCGAUCGGUCGGUCGACCUGAGGCUACGCAGAAACGACAAAAUCGUGGCGCCCGGUUUUCAAGUUUGGAAGCACAACGAGGAAGACAACGCGGAGGAGCUGCCGGAACUCGGAAAACCUUCUCCGUGCCAUUAUCUGCACUGGAACGACUUGAGUUCGGCGGCCAUCAGUCUCUGUAAGGAACAGGGCAUGCACGGUCUCGUGUUCCUGGACAACGUCACAUUCGAGAUAACGCCGCUGCAGCCCGAGGAGGUCUCAUUCUUCGGCGAGCACCGGAAGCAUCGUUCAGAGUCGUUAGGAGAGCCGCACGUGGUCAAGAGAGCGCAGUCGCCGGACGUGUUCCUCGAGAACGACCUGGAACAUUACGAACAUGAGUCCCCAGAAAAAACAGAUUUCAACGAGCAAAAACCGAAGAAGUUCAAAGGGAAGAAAUCCGACAGGGCUCUAACUUUAGAGCUCGCGGUGUUCCUGGACGAGGCGGGUUACAACCUGUUCGCGCCGUUCUUCGACCGGAGCGACAAGGACUUGCAGGACAUGAUGCUGGCGUACGUGAACGCCGUGCAGGCGAUCUACCACCACCCCAGUCUAGGCGUCACCAUCGACAUCUCCCUGGUGCGGCUGGACCUGAUGCAGAAGCAGCCGCGGGACCUGCCGCACUUCGACGGCGACAGGGGCAGCCUGCUGGACUCCUUCUGCAACUACGCGAUGAAGAGGAACCCUCCGGACGACUUCGACCCCGGUCACUGGGACAUGGGUCUGUACGUGUCCGGCUUAGACUUCUACGCGACGGAGGCUGGCCAGAAGAACAGCGCCACGAUGGGGCUGGCGAGCGUCGGCGGGGUGUGCAUAGACCAGUACUCCUGCGUGAUCGCGGAGCUAGGCGUGACCGACCGGUACGGGAAGCCGUUUCCCUCCGCCGGGUUCACGUCCGUCUACAUCGCCGCGCACGAGAUCGGCCACAAUCUAGGAAUGCAUCACGACUCGACGGGGAACGCGUGCCCCAAGGACGGCUACAUAAUGUCCCCCAGCAGGGGGACGCACGGCGAGACGGCGUGGUCGGAGUGCAGCCGGGACGUGGCCGAGAGGCUCACCUACGCGAAGCCCUGCCUGCAGGACAGGCCGGCGGGCAGGCCGAGCGGCCGGCUGGAUCAUACGCGGUUCUUCGAUCUGCCGGGAAGGGAGUGGACGGCGAAGAGGCAGUGCGAGGUGCUGCUGCGCGAUAAGGACGCCACGGUGGCAACCCUGUACAGAGCGUGCGAGGCGUUGCAGUGCAAGACGCCGCACCGGAGCGGCUACUACUUCGCUGGACCGGCGUUAGAUGGAACCCAGUGCGCGCCGGGCAAGGAAUGCCGCGGCGGCGAGUGCAGGAACGCGUUGCAGACUCCUCCGGGAGCGGGCGGGCCUCAGGCGCAGCCCGGAGGAUGGAGCGAGUGGCGGCCUGGUCCCUGCAGCAGCGGCUGCCUGCUCAAGUCGACCGGCGCGCAGGUCAGGCGACGGUUCUGCGGCUCGAGGAGCGCGGGAUGCGGAGGACCGGCGUACGACGUUUCCCUCUGCAGGGACGACAGGCUGUGCAAGAAGCGUAGGAGCGCCGUCGAGCACGCGGCGCUUAGGUGCGGCGAGUUCGCCGAGCGGCUGCCAGAAUUGGACGCGAAGGGUGGCGGGCUGCAGGCGCCGCACGAGCCCGAAAGGCCAUGGAUGGCCUGCGCUAUAUUCUGUCGGCGGAAAGACAUAGCGUCUUAUUACACGCCGCGUGUGGAAUUAAACGACCUUGGCCUUGACCCAUACUUUCCAGAUGGUACGUGGUGCCACGCCGAGCAGGGACAAAAUUAUUUUUGUCGGCAGCAUCAUUGUCUGCCGGAGAACUUUCGUUUCGAGAAAACGACGACGCCGCCGAGCGGCCGUCAGCGGGACGACGCGCUGUUCGGGCCCCAGAACGCGCAUCCCGGCGGGCUGCGGCUCGACGAACAGGUAAUCAAGUAUCUCAGCCUGGGACCGGACGGUCUGCCGCUGUUGACCUCUUUGCCGCACGGUAUUGGAUUUCCGCCGGAUGACGACGAAUGGAUCGAUAAAGAUUACGUCGAGCUCACCAGCACCGCGCGGACCGAACGAUACCUGACCCCUUAAGGCGAGGUUUAGAUCUGAUUUUGGAGGUAUGGGCUGUUGGGACCCCUGGAAAUUGAUGGUAUAGGUGGUUGGUGUGAAUAGGGGUUGGGCUAACCCUUUGCACUCGAGAGGUGACUGAGAGUCGACACUUGAUUUGAUUUGAGAAAUUAUGAAGUCUUAUAAUAUUAACCCUUUGCACUCGAGAAUAUUUUUCUCAAUGAAUAUCCAUUAUUCUCUGAUGAAAUGCAAUAUUUUUUGCAAUUAACGUAAAUACCUUGCAUACGUUGAGUGGCAGAACUGUUUCAUUUCGAUGUUCCAUGUGUUCGUACAUUGUAUAAAAUUUAAUAUUGAAUUUUUAAUUUUACAAUUUUCUUGGGUCAAAUCAAAUGGCGACUGAGAGUCGACACUUGAUUUGAUUUAAAUUAUGAAGUCUUAUAUA